GCCACAAAGCAGGAGAAAAUGGCCAUCAUCUCUGGCGCCGAGGAAAAGUAUUUAGAAAGAAUGACCUCCAUUCAACAGAGCAUUCAUCAACGAGAGAAACAGAGGCUACAGUUGGAAAAUGAGCUGUUUACAUGCACCAGACCCAACAAACGAACGAUCUCUCAGAUAAAAGGUUCCAAACUGCACGGUUAUCUCAAGCAAAUCUGUGUCAGGGAGGCACAAGCGAAAAUGAGAAACCUUGAGCUUUUGAGAGAUGUGGAGUGUCUUCAAAUUAGCAUUCAACAAUACAGGCCUAACCUUUUUGCUUUGCAACAACAAAAGGCGGAAUUUUCAAAUAAAAUUGAAAAAUUUAUGGAACAAACGAAGACAAUGGAAAAUUUAAAGCGGAAAUCUGUCCAAAGCAAUUGCGAAGACAACUCCUCUCACAAAGCAGAUGAUUUCACGGAUGCACAUGCGGUCAUCUCACUUGGCCGCCAAACCUCCAGAGGUUCCCACAAUGCAACUGGUAUCACAAGUGCACUCUCAGACCAAGCUUUGCACAGUUCACCCAAUCGUAGCUUGUCCACAUGCAAACAACUACCAAGUGGCCCUUUGACAGACAUCACAGUUGUCAGAGAGGAUGCCAGCGCCAACCGAGCACAUUUAUCAGAUGACAUUUCAGAUUCAAACAAUUCUCCUGACGGUCCUAAUUCGACUGACAAACACGGAAAAAGGUUGGCAAUGCUUCAAUUUUCUGAAGCUGCAGAACAGUUUUUUGAACAUGGUGAUGAACAAGAACCUGAACCUCAGAUGACCUUUAAUAGUCCAAAGAGGAAUCUAUCUCAAGGUAGCAGCAAUGACCCAAUAGGGCUCCAGAAUCCCUCUGCUGCACACGUUAACGGCAAAGAGAUUGCUCCACAGACACCCUCAAUGGAAAAUCCUGGGAGAGGUUUCAGUUGCUUGAUGCCUCAAACAUCAUUUGCAAGAAAAUCUGAAGAUCGCUCAGGCAGAUCUGGAAGUUUCAACUCUAGUUUUGAUGAGCAGUUGUCGGAGAGCAGUGAGAGUCACCUGUCCAUUUCUAUUACACAAUCCGAUUCAGGAGAUGAUGAGCUGGAGGAUGAAGCAACUGCUAGGAAUAACGGAUCUGAAGGAAUAUGGCACAGUGCUUUUUCAACAGCUAAGGAAACACCUCAGUUACUUUCCAUUAAAGGAUUCUUUAAACUUCUAGACUCAAUUGAGGAUCGACUCCGUGGUGAACAAACAAGAGUGUACGGAAACGUAUCAAUUGAUGAAAGACAACUUUUUAGAAUUAUCAGCCUUUGUGACAGUGAAGCGGGCUUGAAUGAGGAGGACCUUGAAGCAUGCAGUGCAGUGGUGCUUCAUGAGCUCCAGAGGUUGUCAUUGAGCACCGAGAAGGGUUGCCUACUAUCGCAUGAGCUAGUGAGUGCACACCAGUCCAACACUGAGCAUAUGGCAGCCAGCUUCCCUUCUGAUGCCGCUCGGCUGUGGGAUCGCUGGUUCAAGCACGCCCUUCUGCUCAAGGAGAGCCAUGUCCUCAGCACUGAGCGCUUGGUCGAACUGUUCGCACCGCUGUUGGUGGAGCGUCAUGCAACAUACCACCACCAGGCCAAAGUGCUGCUGAGGACACUUCUUUCCCGGUCCAGUGAGGAGUGCCCCUCAGCAGAUGAGGAGAGUGACUCUACUUGUUCUUGUGGCCCUCCUUUUCGCCCAGCUCAUGGUGGUGAUGCGAAGCCUGCCAGGAGGAUCCAAAAGCAACAGAUCCAAGAACUACAAAGUACUGAAGAGGAGAGCCACGACGAAAGCCCUGUGAAAAGUGUUCCUAUUAGAGAGACAAAAGCGUAUCAGUUACUUAAGCUAUCAGCCAUGCAAGAACGACUGCAGAGUUCUGAAGAGGAAGGAGACGGAGAUGAGAAUGACCCCCCAGGAACAAAUCAUGGCCCAGAAGUGGACCUUGGGCGGGCCAAACGCUCCUCACAUCAAGACCCUUACCCUCGGAAAGACAUCAUGAACCCAAAGAUUUAUUCAGCUCUGCAGUCAAAAGAGCUGUGGGGGGACUCAGAUGACAGCAACUCAGACAUCGAAGCAGCCUUGCGACCGCAACCUUUCAACACAAAUGAUGACGACACAGAUGACUUCUACGACUGA